UAACCCAACACGUCCGCAACUGUGGUCCGCAGAUGUUCCUGAUCAGCCGCAAGGGCGGCACUCUGUUGACCAUCAACAACUUUGUGUACCGCUCCAAUCUUAAGUUCUUCGGCAAGAGCAAUAAUAUCCUGUACUGGGAGUGCGUCCAAAACCGAUCGGUUAAGUGCCGCAGUCGCUUAAAGACCAUCGGCGAUGAUCUCUAUGUAACCAAUGAUGUGCACAAUCACAUGGGCGACAACAAGCGUAUUGAGGCGGCCAAGGCGGCUGGGAUGUUGAUCCACAAGAAGUUGAGUUCCCUCACAGCCGCCGACAAAAUCCAGGGUUCCUGGAAAAUGGACACCGAGGGCAACCCAGACCAGCUGCCCAAGAUUUAGCCGCUUCCUAGACAUUCCCAACCUAAACGUCCGAGUUCUGUUAGGGCUAAGCUAAUGUAUUCUACUAUUGUUCUUGAGCGUAUAUCAUUGAUUUAGACUGAGUGUCCCGAGCCUAGUUAGGAUGGGUAAGUAGCCUGUUCAUCUGGGAUCUCAAAGUACCAUUUUUGUAAUUCUUAAAGUCCCGGGUCAUAUUAUUUAUUUUGUUCUCAUUGCUUAGACGCUUUUGGCCACGGCACUGACUUAAACAAUGGCUUGUGUUACGUACAAAAUAUGAACUCUUAAUAAAAUCAGAUGAACAUCUAAACGAA